AUGGCUCAAGCUAUGGUGCGCAUAGGUGUGUUUUUGGUCAUCCUCUUGAUGCUUGUUGCGGCAGAGGCAGCAACUUCUCAUCCAAAGCCUAAGAAAGUCAAGUGCCAAGACAAAAAGUUCUACAAGUGUUACCACAAAGACCUCUAUUGCCCUGCAUCAUGCCCCCGCACUUGUGUUGUGGAUUGUAAGAAAUGCAAACCUGUUUGUAAGGCGCCGCCGCCGCCGCCACCACCUCCACCGCCGCCGCCACCAGCAAGACGUAGGCACCCUCCUCCGCCUCCAAAGUAUUAUCAUCGUUCACCCCCUCCACCUCCAAAGGCGUACCCCUCACCACCACCUCCACCUUCAGUUGUUCCUACUCCCCCUCCUUCCACUACCACUCCACUUCCACCCCUAUUUCUACUCCUUCAUCUCCACCACCUCCUGCUUCCACGCCAUCACCUCCACCACCCACUACUUCUACACCACCUUCCUCAUAUCCUCCACCUCCCCCUUCUUCAGAGACCUCUGGAGAAAAGAGAAAAUGCAAGAACAAGAACUACCCUCAUUGUUAUGGCCUAG